GCUGAUGUCGUCAUAUCCGUUGCUCGAGACACUUUGGCGCGGAAUCUGUUGUUUUUGCGCGACGCUUCGACGAGUGAAAUUUUAUCUCACAUUAGCACAAAUUUUUAUUGAUGGCUCCGGUCUCAAAUCCAGAUAAAGACAUGGACGGUGGAGAUUGUGAUGCGUCCGACACGUGUGGCAUUGCCACUUCAAGUUCCAGGCGGGAGAAAAAAGAGAAAGUGGGGCGCAAGUCGGCUUUAGAGCAACUUAAACGAGCCAAGAAGGGAGAGAAGGUUAAAUAUGAGGUGGAGGAGUUCACCAGCGUCUAUGAAGAGGUGGAUGAAGAGCAGUACUCAAAAAUAGUACGAAAAAGACAGGAUGAUGAUUGGAUCAUUGAUGACGAUGGGACAGGGUAUGUUGAGGAUGGUAGAUAAAUCUUUGAUGAUGAUUUGGAUGAUGACGCAUUGGAGAAGGACCCUAAAAG